CUCAGCCGCUCCAAGUCGAAGACCAAGAGGAAACAAAAGUAAGUCAAAAUCCUGAUCUUUCUUUUGGCCAAACAUAGCCCACGCUACGCCAGAAGCUCGACGCACUUCCCAAAACGGCCUCCACCGCUCCUCUCUGUCUCCCUAUAACUUAUCUGUAUUAUUUCCUACACAUUUACAUACAGUUUUAGUGCAAUGGAGAUCCAGAGUUUCUGCCACAGUGCUGAUGAUUUGAAGGGCAUUAUGCGCUGUUUGGUUGAAUCUUUGAUGGUGGAGACUGCUCUUCUUGCUCACAAGUCUCUUCUUUUACUACUUCUGCAGAUUGGGUCUUUGCCUGACGAUCAUGACAUAUUUCAAAACUCAGUGAAAACAUAUCAGAGGUUUCCAAUGUCCGAACUUAAUAAAGUGAAAGAGCCUCAUGCUGAAAACAACGAUGCAGGUGAAACAGAGGAUGAUGAUGACGAUGAUGAUGAUGAUGAGGACAGUGAUGAUGAUGAUGAAGAUGAUGGUGAUGAUUCAGAAGAAGAGAGCGAUGAUGAUGAAGAGGAUUCGGAUGACGAGGUUGAGGUUGAGGCUAAUGGCGAUGGAGAAAGCGAUGACGAUGACGAUAACGAUGAUGAAGACGAUGACGAUGAUGAGGAUGAUGAUGAAGAGGAUGAUGAUGAUGAAGAGGAUCAUUACCAGCUACCGUCGACAAGAAAGAAGUGAAGUUAAUGGUUCACCAUGUUUUAGGCUGCUUCUUUAGUAACUUGGGGCAGGUUGGAAAUUUUUUAUUGAUUAUUAUGUUAUAUUUGUUAAGAUAAGAGCGUUCAAUUGCUUUUAUGGUGGUAGAAAGCGUCUCUUCUUUUUAUUUAUUAAAUUAUAAUGUGUCCUGUGGCGAUUGUAGUUGUCUGGAGUUCUGUUAUCCAUAUUUACUGGCUCAUGAUCAUGUAUCUUAAAUGAGUGGCCUGCCAGUUGUCUCCACUGCUAAACUUUGUACCCUAUUCAAAGUGCAACUUAUCUUACCUUAUGCAAGUAUGUAGUUUCUUGUUCUU